UUUAUUGUGGAAAGAGAAAGAGAAAGAGAGAAAGCUGUAAGAGUCUAUUUUUAUUAUUUAUAUGUUAAAAUUCAUAUUUCAUUGUCCAAAAUACAAUUCAUGCGACUUGAAAAGCAAGUGCUAAAAACGCACCAAAAUAUGUUUAAUUAGGGGCACAAAUAUUAGUUUUAUGGUUAGAAAUUGGAGGGUUGGGAGUGUGCCAAAACAGUACUCGACUGCAAUACUCAUAUAAAUAAGCAUUAUCUCCUUCCUCAACAACAGCAACAGCAUCAAGCAUCAGAAAUUCAGGACUCCAAAUGAUCAAUUCAAGUAUGGAAGACACACUUUUACUUCUGACUUUACUCUUGCCUUUCCUUCUUCUUGCCUACAAGUUUUGGCCACAAACAAGAACGCAACAGCACAGCCUUCCACCAAGCCCUCCUGCUCUUCCAAUUAUAGGUCAUCUCCAUCUUAUCAAGAUUCCCCUCCACCGUUCUUUACAAAGUCUUUCAAAUAAAUAUGGCCCAAUUAUUUCUCUCCGAUUGGGUUCUCGUCGGUUGAUCAUUAUAUCAUCACCAUCGGCGGUGGAAGAGUGCUUCACCAAAAACGACAUUACCUUGGCCAACCGCCCUGCUUUAACUGUUUACAAGUACAUGUCUUAUAACUGCACCACCCUCGCGACAUCCUCAUACGGGGAUCACUGGCGCAACCUCCGCCGCAUAAGUGCUGUUGAAGUUUUCUCGUCGAACCGCCUUAACAUGUUUGUGGGCAUCCGGAGAGACGAAAUCGAGAUUUUCCUGAACAAACUCUAUCGUCUUUCAAGGGAUGGUUUUGCUAAGGUAGAGUUGAAACCAAUACUAAUGGAGCUAAGCCUUAAUACGAUUAUGCGAAUGGUUGCAGGGAAGAGGUAUUACGGCGAGGAUGUGACUGCAAAGGACGAGGGUGAGGCUAAGAUAUUUAGGGAGAUGAUAACUGAGAUUUUUGAGUAUGCUGGAGCAUCAUAUCUAGGAGAUUACUUGCCAAUCUUAAAGUGGAUCGACCCUCGUGGAUUUUUGAAGAAAGUAGCAAGCCUUCAUGUAAGAACUGAUGUGUUACUGCAAGGUCUUAUUGAUGAGCAUCGAGGUGGUUAUAAGGGUAAUAUUGAAGGCAGAAACACCAUGAUCAGCCAUUUGCUUUCCUUGCAAGAAUCAGAGCCGGAAAAUUAUUCAGAUCAAGUUAUCAAAGGCCUACUGCUGGAUAUAAUAUUUGCUGGUACAGAGUCAACAGCUGUUACCCUAGAAUGGGCAAUGUCUAGUCUACUAAAUAACCCACAAGUUUUAGAGAAGGCAAAAGAUGAGUUGGAUAUUCAGAUUGGUCAAGACAACUUGAUGGAUGAAUCGGAUCUUUCUAAGUUACCAUAUCUUCAAAAUAUCAUAUCAGAGACCCUAAGACUGUACCCCGCAGGGCCACUGCUUCUUCCACAUUUAUCAUCUCAAGAGUGCAGUGUUGGAGGAUAUCUUGUGGAACCCAAUACAAUGCUACUUGUCAAUGCGUGGGCCAUACAUAGAGAUCCUGAGUUAUGGGAUGAUGCUGUUAAGUUUAAACCUGAAAGAUUUGAAAAUUUUGUUGGCCAAGGUGGCAUUAAUAACCAGGUAUACAAGUUGAUGCCUUUCGGCUUGGGAAGGAGGUCUUGUCCUGGAAUGGGCCUUGCCAACCGUGUUUUAGGGUUUGCUUUGGGGUCUAUGAUUCAUUGCUUUGAAUGGAAAAGGGUAAGUGAACAAGAAAUUGACAUGUCUGAAGGAUUUGGGCUAACCAUGCCUAAGGCUGAACCAUUGCAAGCCAUGUGCAAGGCACGGGAUGCUAUGAAGAUGGUUAUGUUUUCUUCUCUUUGAAGGAAAAGACUGUAUUUCAAGACUCAUUCCUUUCUGAAUGUGCUCAACUUAGAUUUCUGGUGACUCGACAAUAAAUUGUGUUUUUCUUCUACCAAUUUAAUUAUAUUGUUAUGUACUUAGGCUAUUUCUGGUACAUGAUAUAAUGAAGUAUCUAACAUGCUUUAUUACUUUA